AAAACUUUAACGACAAUCAUGAGCAACGGCUAUACACCCAAAGGCGUAAAAAACUCGCCUAAAAGUAUCGAUUUGUCCCCUAAACCCACCAAAAAUUACCGAAAUAUAACCAAAAACAGCCGUGGAACGACCAGUUCUGAAUUUUCUGACCUAAAACAGGACCUGCACAAAAGAGAUUUGAUAAAUUUCUUAACCAAAGAAAAAGCUGUUCUGCAGCAAAAAUAUGAUUUUGCGAUCCAAGAACUUACCGAAGUCAACCGCAGCUUCGACAAGUACAGGUCUAUGUCUGAACAGAUGCUUGCUAGCUUCAAGAAGCAGCAACAAGUGACUGAUCAGAGGCUUGAAAAGUAUGAGGAAUCGGAGAAGGAAUAUACCAAACAGAUUAUGUCCCUCAAACAAGAACAUGACAAUGAGAUUCAUAACCUCGAGCUAUGCAUCGAGAAAUUGAAAUGAGAGCGAAAGAGCUGGGUCGAAAAAUAUGAAUUUAUGAAUGAACAAUAUGAAAAACUUCAGAAAGAGUUAUAGAUUACUUCAAUUCAAGCACUAAUCAUGACCAUUUUAAGGGAAGUUUGAGACAAGCAUCAGGACAGAAUACCUCCAGGCAUGCUGAUGAGUUCAACAGAGGAACAAGGUGAGGCUGGAAUGAACGAAGUGGAAAGAAUGAAAGAAGAGAGGAGGAUACUAAUGCUAUCCAAAACACCCAUUGAUUUGCAAUUUCUAACCAACCAACAAAAAGUAGGACUCAAAGGAAGCAAGAUAAGAUAAAAGAACUUAAAAAUACAUUAUCUGAUCUCCAGAUGUCAUUGCAAGAAAUAGAAAAUAGCAAAGACCACAAGCUUGAAAAGAGUUUGUCUGAGAUUAAGCUAGCAAAAGAUUUUUCGACUAAUAUCAACAACGAGGAACGUCAGAGUGUUAGCAAUGAGGACUGCGUCAUUUACAACUCAAAGGACAGAUACAACACUCCUGCUAAACCAAGUUUCAACCAUAUGGUUCAGAGUAAAAGGUUCAACUUUGACAUUGAAGGGCAGACUAAGUGAACUCAAAUAGACCCUAUGACUAUCAGUGAUUCCCAGUACUUCACCACAACUCAGUUCCAGAGAUCAGUUAAUAAGAGUAAUUUCUCUAAAAACAUUUGAACUAUUGACACAAGAAAAUAAUGACCAGCAAGAUAACUUCAAUUGCAAAGAAUUACUUCUCAACAAGAUGACAUCAAAACUUGAGGCUACAGAGAAGAAAAACUCAAAUCUAAAGAAACAGAAAUAAAUUCGUCAAGAAAGCUUUAAAUAACCUCACCAAAAUGCUGAAUAACUCCAAAUCCUCAGUCUGGGACCCUAAAACCAGCACCAUGGUCGAAGAUAUCACCAAAGAGAGCUCCGAAAACACCCAAGAACUUGCCUUAUUCGACACAAAACACAUCCCUAACACCCCAAAAGACUUCUGCAGGCUAACUCUCAACAGCAAUAUUCCCAGCACCAAGAAUUCUAAAUAAAGACUCUGAGGUCUCUCCAAAGCCCUUCUUUAGAGACAACUUAGACACAACCUUUAAAAUAUUAAGCAAUAAGAAAAGCAAGAAGUAUCCCUGGAUGGGUCCCGAAGAGCAAGGUCGAACAGAAGACAAGCAUCAUAAGCUAGACGAAUUUGUACUUCAUUCAAGCCCGAUGAUCAAAAGGUAAAUUUAUA